ACAGCCUAUCGAGCACCGAGCGAUGCCUAGUGCCUGUCUAGGUCGUAGUGCGUAGUGCCAGAGUGGCAUCGCUGCAGUUUUGCCUUUGGCCCUGGGGUCGUUUGGCAGAAAAGCGUGCGACUCGAUCACUCAAUGGUCUGAACUGAAGGAAACGUCGGCAGAAUGCUGUCCUCACACGCAGUCUACCAUUGCGAGAGCAGCCGAUUGUGAACACGAGCUGCAGUUGUAAAUCGCUAGCGUUGACUUUCCUUGGUGUCUAGGUCUGGCAGUUACAGAUGUGUGCGGCUAGUGAAGCGCUGCAGCGAAUAUGAUUCUUGUACUAACGGAUGGCGAACAACGUGUAUGGAUCGAUGUGGAAAUACGCAGUGGAUGUGAGGUACGAGUUGGAAGUGUGACGUUGGACUGUAGCAAUGUCGAGCCAACGCCAUGGUAUAAGGUGUCUUUACUCGACUAUCUAUCGGUGGAUGUAAGAAAGAGCAUGUUAACCUGGGUAAUCGACUCCCCUCUCAGAUCACGAACGACAUCACCCGCCGCAUCCCUUGCCAAGACAGCAGUGGGUAGUCAUGACAGUGGUUGCUGUGGUGACGAUGAUGUGAUCAGUAACAUGGAUGGCGUUCCCUUGGAAACCAUUGCGGAGACAAGUUCCUCAAGUCCAUCCCAGCAGUCACCAUGGGAGACGCAUACUACAGUAGGAGGACAUUGCCAUGGUAACGUGCACGACAGCAUGGAUCACCGAUUGUCGAACACCCUACCAAGACAAGGUGCCGUUGCCUCUGCAAGUGCUGCGAGUGCUGCGUCUGCAUCUGUAGCGGCUGGAAAGCGUCCACAGGGAUAUGCUGGUGCUGGCAAUUCAGCAGCCGUGGCACGUUCAAACAGCGCUGCAUCAGGCCUUCGUAGAGCACAGAUGGAUGUGUUACGAGAUGAUAAACAUCAAGCUGAUUUUCACUCUCGUUUCUCCACAGACAAAUUGACAAGCAGUUUAUCGCAAUGUUCCAGUGCUCAAAGUACAUUCUCCAGCCAUACUAGCAUUGCCAGCAACCUGUCAACGGGAAGUAAUACGUCUGCUGCUGCUCCUGCUCAUGUCGUUUCCGCGGCAACCGCUAGUGAUAACACAGUUACUAGCGGCACUGCUGAUGUUGCUACCGGCAUUGCUAUACCUGCAAAGCAAGGCAGUAGUCGUAGUGGUGGUGAUGCUGCUGCUGCUGCUGGUGAUGGUGACAGCAGCAGCAGUGAGAGUGAUGUGAUGGGAGGUCUACUUGCGCAUGAACACAUCCUUACACUCAAUGAUCUACUUGCCAAUGUCGAGAAUAGUCUGGAGUAUGACUCGUCCGUAGUCUAUGAGAUGUUUCACCUGUGUGAACAGUUACUGAAGGAAGUGGUUAGUAAAGACACUCCGGAACAUACACGCUGGAUUGAGGAACGCUAUGGAUACGGACGCCUGAUCAGCAAAAUACAUCAUAUCGAGACAUUGAUUCAAAUCCUUCACUCUCACCUAUUGCCGUAUGUAACAUUUGCUGCAAGUGACCGUUCUAUGCUGGAGUGGGCAUUAGGACAGCAGCAGGAUGCCAUCAAAUCACUCAGUGAAGAGAUACUUGCACAAAGCAGACAGGAGGGUAUGCUAGCUACAUCAGUGGACAACUUGUUAGCACGAGUACUACCGGGAGUGGAGGCCUCACUACGUGACGGUCUAUUCUCACGACUAUUCCUGUCGCAUCUAGUCAAUGAUAUUGAUGAACGAGGAUUGCUACGGAGAGCUAGUGAACAGCUGGACAGUUUCCAGUAUACCAUAAACAGUCUAAAGAAAAAACAAGAUGCUACUGGUAGUGACACUACUACUGCAUCAACUGCUUAUCAGGAGAAACUACAGACACUGAGAGGAGAACGUGAUGCGGUGCAUGAGAAACUGAUAGACUUGCUGAAAACACGGGAGAUGAUUACUCUGCAACUUCAGUCGGCAAAACCGGAUAAGGGCAAUCUGCUACCGGCCCAGAAGAGCUAUUUGCAAGCGUGUAAAGUUCACCAAGAACAACACAUACGCACAGCAACACUUAUGGAGAAAAAGGUUGCAGCCCUAGGGAUGAGAGAAGCAAUGCAAGAAACAUUGCAAAGUCUGGACAACACAGUAUCGGCUGAAGAUGACAUGCCGACCAGUAUGAUUGUCGGCAGUGUCUCCAGAAGCACACUGUUGACCGCAUCACUUGCCCAUGUCACUCAGGAGCUGUUACCUUUGAGAGAUGCUGUUGAUGUGUUGAUCUCGCAUACAGACAACCCCAUCGGUGUUCAACACAGCAAAUUCUGCACAGAUAUAGUCUUGACAUGCUGUGACAUAACAGUGCCCAAUAUCCUGGCAUUCGGUGUACCACGUGUUGGAGCUGUUGUACUAAGUGACAUCAUUGAUGGUAGGAGCAGUGGACCAAAACGCUUGGCAGACUUGGGUCGUUGUACUUCUGUUUAUGAAGUCAUUGAUCCAGCUAGAGAGUAUGUCGAGGACAUCUCAGGGAAGGUUAUGCGCCACAUGGACUCAGUUGUGUCUCAGUUAAUGGGUCAUUUUCCGCAGCGCUCUGAGCAGAUGCAUCGCAAGGUCUACCUGACGUAUGAAAGAUCACUCUAUCAGAAAAUUGGACACACCAUUGAUGACUUGUACACGGUCUGGGUGCAGAAGAUCAUCAACCAGCUUCUGCGUGUCACUGAGUUUGUGGAGAGCGUCAGUUUUGAUCGUCUUUGCAAGCAUAUGCGUCUACCUGAAGGUUGGUGGAUGGCGUUGUUUGAAGAGGUGGACGAAGAAGACCGUGAGCAAGUACGCCGUACUGCUCUCUUCUCUCCCAAGGCUCCUGCGGCUCCCUUUCAGAGCAUGUUAGCACCAGCAGCUGCUGCUCUGCACCGACUGAUUGGGACUUUCUGGCCAUUGAGCAAAGCAGAGCUACUUACAAAGUCAAUUCAGCAUAUCACGCGGUCUCUUGGAGAGUACCACGGUAGACACCUGAGUGGUAAAGGAGUUGCUACACAAGUCGGCUCUGACGAUCUUGUUCCCGUCGUAAUCUUGUUCAUUCUCUAUUGCAAGCCGGAGAUCAUUGCUGCACUCUGUAUGAACUGCUUACUGUUGGAGGACAUGUGUGCUGAGUUUCUACGGAAUGGCAUGCAUGGAUUCUCUAUGGUGCAGUUCCAGGGAGCGUUGCAUGUCAUCGCUAGUGUUCUGCCAACUGAGCAACUGAACCCAGCCAAUUCCAGCGGUACUGGACCAUCAUCUUAGUGCACUGCGGUGCGGCACGGCCAUCUUAGUGCACUGUAUUGCCACACAGUCCUGUUAGCGCACUGUAGGGCUGGAGGGUCUUGUUAGCGUACUAUAGUGCUUCAGGGUCCUGUUAGCGCACUGUGGUGCUGGAUGGUCUUGUUAGCGCACUGUAGUGCUGGAGGGUCUUGUUAGCGUACUAUAGUGCUUCAGGGUCCUGUUAGCGCACUGUGGUGCUGGAUGGUCUUGUUAGCGCACUGUAGGGCUGGAGGGUCUUGUUAGCGUACUAUAGUGCUUCAGGGUCCUGUUAGCGCACUGUGGUGCUGGAUGGUCUUGUUAGCGCACUGUAGUGCUGGAGGGUCAUCUUAGCGCACUCUGUUACGUCGCCAUACAACGUGUUCUUCUAGCGCACUGCUCUUUACGGCUUUCUACACGUGGCAUGUCGCUUUGAUUCACACAGGUGUUCAGCCUGCUCUACAUCGUAUGUGUACACACACACACACAUACGCGCACGUGCACGUGCACACACACACACAUACACACACGCACAUGUCCUUGUAGCAAUGGGACGGUGUAUUCGCCCACGCUGUAGUAAGCCCAAGGUUACCAUGGUAACUAACAUGCUCAGUGGAAUAAGUGGCUACGCGUCUGUACAACUUGCUUAUCAGACAGCCGCUACAAUUACGGCAAGACUGGUACUAUCUCAUCGUCCCUGAUGUUGAUCACACUUUGCUCUACACACAGCUACAGGCACAUUUUCUUUUUCAGUCUUUUACCGACCUGGCCAGAUGCCAUGGUUACAUGAGGCCAGGACACUGCAUGAGCAGAUUGAAAUUGUUGCUACGAGCAACAACUCACCUGAAGGAGUGACAUCAUAUCACCGGUAUUGAUUUUGUCUGAAUUUUUUUCAUAUCGGAUCUUAUCAAACGGUCUGUGCCCUUGUGAUUUUAACUUUUCCGUUCUUGUUGAGUGGAUGCCGCCUUGUUGAGCAAGCUUAUCGGAAAUGUCGUCAAAUCGUUGAUAUGCAUACUGAUCAGUACUGAUCCAAUCACCCCAGGAUAUCAUCGUUAUUAUUUUUAUUGUUAUUAUACCGCUCGGCUCUGCCACCAUUUUGUUCUACUUUGCAAUUGCUGUGUCAACCAUUAUACCGGCAUUACCCACUUGUUCCUUUCACUAACUUUUCCAGUUUCUCUUUAUUCCUAACUUUCUCCUGGCAGCCCUCCCUGCUCUUCAGUCCUCCGCCGGACGGUCAGUUUUGAGUACGUCACGGUAGUAGUAUACUGUGAUUCUCUCCAUUGUCUGCCGGCUCAGUGAUCUGAGAUCUUGUGAGCUCAGUAAUCUUGUGGGCUCAGUGAUCUUGUGGGCUCAGUGAUCUUGUGGGCUCAGUGAUCUUGUGGCAGCUCAGUGAUCUUGUGGCAGCUCAAGCCCUAAGCACUGUGACGGUUUCUUAGUCACUGCUCAGUGCUGCUGCCUCUGCUAUUGCUGUUGCUGCUGCCUCUGCUAUUGCUGUUGCUGCUGCCUCUGCUAUUGCUGUUGCUGCUGCCGCUGUUUCUGUUGCUGCUGUUGCUGCUGCUGCUGCUGCUGCUGCUGCUGUUCAUGGGCCAGUACACAAACUCCAUAUUGAACCCUGGCACAGAAAUGCCACCAUAGUCAGA